CAAUAAAUACAGGUACGUUUAGCUUAUUAAAGUAGAUAAUACCACUCUUGAAUAUAAUGAAGUCCUUUUUGUUGUUAUUCCUCGCUAUAGCAGCUUGUGCUGCAAGCGUACUUAAAGACCCGGUUUCGGGUUACAAGGAUGGCGACAGGUACUUUUAUUUUCCGGGAGAUGGAGACGACACUUUACACCUUGUAGAUGCUGAAGAACCAGUAGACUUCGAAUACAUUGAGCGAUACACCAGGAACCCGGAUAACAACGGAUACUGGCUUUAUACCAGCCGAAACCCAUCUUCAGCCCAGGAGUUGAAGUUCCGUGACGCUAAUUCAGUUCUGAAUUCCAACUUCGACUUCUCAAAAGUAACCGUAUUUUUGGCUCACGGAUGGAACGGACAUGGUGGAAAUUCGAUGAACAGGAUACUAAUUGAUGCUUUUCUUCAAAAUGGUGACGUCAACGUCAUUGUUCUCGACUGGAGUAAACUCGCCAAUAGAGGUUAUACAACCGCAAGAAGCGGUACUGCAGAAGUUGGUCGAGGUCUUGGACAAUUCGUGAACUGGCUCGUCCAAUUGGGAUUCUCAUACGAAAGAGUCCACUUAGUGGGCUUCAGUCUUGGAGGGCAUUUAGUAGGAAACGCUGGCAGGGAAACUGGAUCUCAAGUCCAGAGGAUCACAGCUCUGGACCCUGCUGGACCUCUAUGGGGCUGGGGUAGAGACCACCUCGCGAAAACCGAUGGCAGAUAUGUAGAAGUUAUCCACACAAACACCGGCCUUCUUGGUUACAACGAUCCCUUGGGUGAUGCUGACUUUUACCCUAACGGUGGAUCUGGAAUGCCUGGAUGUUGGACUAACGCGUGUUCUCACAGUCGUGCCUACGAGUACAUGGCCAGUACAGUCAAACACAACCACCUUCACGCCAAUGAAUGCGCCACUCUUAGAGAAGCUACUCGCAAUAAUUGCAGGGGUACUGUUUACCCUAUGGGUAACAGCGAUCUCUUCAAAUCCAGAUCUGGUAUCUUCAGAGUAAACACCGGCAGAAAUUAUCCCUACUAAAUGAAAACUAUUUUUUGAUGCCCAAGAAUCACGACCCAUUAUAAUUUAUUAUCUGUUAACUAUCCAAUAUGUAAUCAAAUAAAAUGCAUUUAAGAAAUA